UAAAUCGCUGCGCUAUCAGCGGUCGACCGCCGCUGGGGAAUACCGGAAAACAUAUUCUUAAAAUAGUUUAUAGUUAUUACAGUAUUGAGUCUAUAAUAGCCUAGACAGUAGACACUAUCACUAUGAUAGUAUGAAUGCACAAUACGAAUUGAUUUCUUAUUCCCAUAAUUUUGAUUGCGUCGUGUACUCGCACAUCGCAUUGCUAUAAUUUAAAACAUAAAAUGAUGAAAAAAAAACUAAAAGGUGGAGCUGAAAAGCUUCGUUUAAAAAAAAUGAUCAAUUUCAAAGCUGUUGCCAAUGACCCAAAACAAAAAAAAAUUGAAUUUGGAUUGGAUCGCUCUAACAAAGUAUUCGUAGAUGAUUGUUCAACACAACAAAAACAACAAAGUUGCUCAGUUAAAACUGUAGAAAACAAUCCUUCGAUGUAUUCAACUGCUAAAAAUCAAACCGAGCAAAGUAGUGUAUCCUGUUCGUUUUCGUUACCUGAGGUUGAGGAACAUAUUGCUGCAGAAAAAAUAUAUUCAUUUGUGAUUCCCAAAAAAAGUUCUAUUAAUCAAAAAAUGGAUUUUAUGAAACAACAUCCUUGUCAACCAACUGUACUGCAUAAUGUUUCAUGGUCUCUUUUCAAACUUUAUAAUAGAGAAGAUCAGAGAGGUAAACCCAUUUUGCGAAAAUGGUUGACAUUACAAUGUGUUAAAAAUAAUGAGGUUAAAGCCUUAAAUAUUUAUGCAGCUGUAGAAUCUCAUGAAAUUAGCAAAGUACAUAUUUGUGCUGUUGAAAGUUAUGUCAAAGCUUCAAUCGAAGAAAGAAUUCAUGUAUUAAAACAAGUAUUUGAAAUAAUAAAAUUUUUGGGUAAGCAAAAUUUGCCUUAUCGUGGAACUGGUGACACAGAAGGGCUGUACAAGAUGAAUGAUGUUAAUAUCAAUAGAGGUAAUUUUUUGGAGCUUUUGAAAUUUACUGCUGAAAGAGAUGCAAUUUUAAGACAAUAUUUAGACAAUGCUAUAUUGUCAAGUAAAAAACGAAAAUUAAAUAUGGAUCAACGGCAAAAAAAUUCUAAGGGAAGAGGAUCAUUAGUUACACUUGUAUCCAAAACUACUGUUAAUAAAGUAAUUGAAGGUAUACUAGAAACUAUGAGGAAACAUAUUCGUGAAGAAAUGGGUGAUCAGCAUUUUAGUAUACAAUUUGACAGUACUCAAGAUAUUGGAGCUACGGACCAAGCCACUAUCUGCCUUCGCUACUUAAAUAAUACAGAUAUUAAAGAGCGCCUUUUUGCCGUCAUUAAAGUAGAAGAUUCAGCAGGUAAAAGUUUAUAUGAACUAUUAAAAACUUGCUUUGACAAACAUAAUAUAAAUUUUAAAAAUGUCAUUGGUGAAUCUUUUGACGGUGCUUCUAACAUGAGAGGAGAGUUUAACGGUUUGCAGUCUUUUAUUAAGCAACAAAACGAAAACAGUAUUUAUGUUUGGUGCUAUGCCCAUAUUCUAAAUUUGUGUAUUUGUGAUACCUGUGACAAUUUAGCAGCCAAGAAUUUAUUUGGGUUCUUGAAUCGCUUGAGUACAUUCUUUUCUGAUUCUUAUAAACGAAUGGACAUUUGGAAGAAAAAUCAAGAAAAUUUAGGUGUUGGAGUAAAAAAACUUAGAAAGCUACAAAAAAUCGGGGAAACAAGGUGGUGGUCCAGAGAAAAAGCACUUAAAUGGGUUUUCGACGGAGAAGAUUGCUUAUACCCAACUAUUGUCAGUGCUUUAGAUUUUAUUUGUUCGUCAAAAAAAUUUGAUCAAAAAUCCAUAUAUGAAGCAACUUCAUUAAAAAAUAAAUUGUGUGAAUUCCAAGUUAUUUUAACAGCCCAUUUAUUUAUUAAAGUUUUUGAUUCAGCCGGACCAACAUCAUCAUAUUUGCAGUCCAGUAAUUUAGAUAUUUUGGCUGGUUGGUUAAUGGUAGAAAAUACAAUUGAUGAAAUUGGAAAAAUAAAUUUUGAUACAAUUGUCGUUGAAGCAGAGAAAUUCUCACAAAAUAUGAAUGAUAAAUUUACAAAUUUUGAAUUGAAUGAUAGUAUAGUUGUGGAAGAUAAAUUACCAUUAAUACGUUCUAGACAUAAGAAGCGCAAUUAUGAUGAAAUGUGUUCAGAUGAACAUAUUAUAAAUCCUAUUGAUAAGUUUAGAGUAGAAGUUUUUCAAUGCACUAUUGAUCAAUUGAGAAGCAGUUUUAUUCAAAGAUUUUCAAGCAAUAGAGAAAUUAUAGCAGAUAUUCAGUAUUUAUUACCAAAAAAUUUUCAAUAUGCAAAGGAUAACAGUCUACCAGAAUCAGCAUUAAAAAUUUUAUCAAAAUUAUCAUCAAUAAACCAUCAGAAAUUAGUGUCUGAAUUGAACCAUUUCUCAAAAAUAUAUGAUAACAUUGCAAAGCCUCUGAAUUCAAAUACUUCAAAAAUGUAUAAUGAUGAUGAUGAUGAUAUGUUUCAAGAUAAUGAAGAAUUUUUUCUAGACUGGGAUAAAAAUGAUGAAAUGAAUUUAGAAGUUAAAGGGUGUGAAAAAUCAAAAACUUCCAAUAAUAAUCAUAAUACAAAAUCAUGCUUAAUAUGUCUACAAAAAUUAAUUACCAAUUAA